UGCCACAGCAACGCAACAACUCCAGACCUGCAGCGAUCCUCUCGCCGUUUAACCGCCUCCACCCCGUUUCUCCCGGUUUUUCCCGGUUUCUCCCGGUUUGUCCCGGUUUGUCCCGGUUUCUCCCGGUUUGUCCCGGUUUCUCCCGGUUUGUCCCGGUCUAACCCCGCAGAUGACGGCGCGGCCCCGGUACUUCACCGCCUCGGAGGUGGCCUGUCACCGCAGCUCAGCCGACCUGUGGGUCUCCUUCCUGGGCAGAGUGUGCGACCUGAGCCCGCUGGUGAGCCGCUACCACGGAGAUGUUCUGCUGCUUCCCAUCUUGGAGUGUGCAGGAAAGGACAUCAGCAGCUGGUUUGACCCCAGGACCAAAGACGUCCUGCGGUGCGUGGACCCUCUGACCUGCUGCCAGCGGUACUACACCCCCAGGGGGCGCUUCCUGCACGUCCCCCCCGCCGGCCCCCGCUGCGACUGGGACACGGACAUCGGGGAGCCGUGGUGGAGGGACCGCAGGUACGUGGUGGGGAAGCUGUCGGCUAAGACCAGGUGGAUCCGGAUCAUCAACACGCUGACGUCCCAGGAGCAGCUGCUGGAGGUGUGCUCUGAGGAGACUCUAGAGGAAAUCCUGCGGCGCUACCUGCGCUACAACAGCCACGCCCGCAGCUACACCUGGAAGUUCAACGGCGAGGCGCUGGACAUGGGCAAGACGCUGAGAGACAACGGCGUGGUGGACGAUGACCAGGAGCUGGAGCACCUGAGGCUGGACAGAGACCUCUUCAUCCCCGCCGUCCUGCUCCACUUCAACGAUGACCUCACGGACGGAUGAUGUCAUCGCUGUGACCUCACACCUGCAGCGGGACGUUAAACAGACUCUCUGUGCAGAAAGACUUGCUCACCCUGAAAUAUUAAACUUCAACUUCCUGAUGUUUAAUCCACCAGGUCAUGUGAUCAUAUGUCUGGAUACACCUGCAUACACCUGCUUACUCUUGUAUAAACCUGCAUACACCUUUAUACA